CUCAGACACAAAUUUCUCCCAGCGCAUUGUAAAACUUAGCUUAGAAGUCUGAGCGACCAUUGUCUCCCACGAGCCAAACCCGACGAGCUGUGAACACCAACGUCUUGCCGCGCAACCCGUUAGAUGCUCCCCCCAGAGAGCCUGGUCGAUGCCACCUUGCCCGCCCCGCCGUCGAUCAGCACCCGGAGAGAGGUCUAGAGGCAGCCACGUAACAGCACCCGCUAGGCUGCGACAUGCCAGAUCCCGACGACCAGCCGCACCUUCUAUCCGCUGCAGAUGCCGCGCUCCCCUCGAUUGGCAUCUAUGACGACGACGGCGACGACGGCGAGCUGAGGUUACUGUCCCGCUCGCCGCACCCCUACCACCGCCAGCGCUCCGAGCUCCUUCACCCUUCCGACCGACUGUCUGCGCGCACUUCUGGCACACGCCACCCGAACCCCCGCUCCGACGACCGCGACGCACUACACCCGUCUACCGUCGCACUACCCGCCGCUGCUGCUGGCAGCAAUAACAACAAGGACUCGACCACUACGAGCGACAGUGGCACCGAUGCCGACGACGAGCACUUUCUCAAGGGGCUGCCCGCCCCCCGCACCAGGUGGCAUAAGGGUCUUCGCGGGAGGAACGAGCCCGUGUCUGGCACCUCUACCCCGCUGCUGUCCCCGGCGCUGCUGGAGGAGGAGGGCCGAAAGGGUUCUCAGAGCCCCAAGCAGGACCCCUCUCUCCGCGAGCGCCGCGCCAACGCCGAAAGGACGCGCCGGAGGAGGGAGAUCUUCCGCCGCGUCACCGAAUUCCUCGUCCUCUUCUCCCUCGGCGCCAUACUAUAUUCCAACCGUGACGUGAAGCCAUUUGUGCACGCAUGGAGCAGAGAGUUCAUAACGCAGUCUGUCCUCGCUGCCAUUCUGGUCGCCAUAUACCCUCUCCGCGUCGUUAUAUGGGCCUACGCACAAGGAAGCCCCUCAAAGCAGCUGUCCUUGGCCAUCCCUGCCUCGUUCGACCCCGCGCCACUCUUUUAUCCGACAACGAUCCCGCUAUACGUCUCGCUCCUCCUCGCGCCCAUGAACAAGUUUGUCAUCUUGCCAAACCUUGUCCUCAGCAUCUCUGCGAUGCCCAAGCCGCUGAUACCAUUCGCCGAGUCGAGCGAGCUUUGUUCCCCGGUGCACUGGCUGAUAUCCACCGUGCCCAUGAUAGUCAGCGGGCUCAAGGCGCACGAAUGGGGGCUGGGCCGGCUCGAAGCCGUCACCAUCAAGGAGACGGCAGUGCUGCUCUACCCGCUCCAUCAGAACCUGUGCAUGCUGCUGCACCAGCUGACGACUACGAGUCUUCUUCCGGCUGAGCUGCAGAUGCUCUCUAUUGCCCUUAUCAACAUCUUACUGCUCUCCACCUCCCCUCAGAUGGUCAUCCUCAAGGCUCUGCUUUGGGGUGGCGGCCUCGCGCUUCUCAUCAUGUGCGGCCAUGUGAUCCGCUGGGGCAUCACGCUGGCCCGGGUGCCCAAGUGGCGUUUCAGGCGUGUGCCUCCCGGGUCGAGGAGCCCGACCUUCUUCCGGUGGCUCUCGAGCAUGCUGCCCACCCGCCGCUUCCGCUACCGUAGCACUGCAGCGGAUCAGAGCGAUAGCGAAUCGUGCACUCUGAGCGACAUAGACGACCACCUCCACCCCCACCACGGGCGUUCCUCUUUGGACGCUCUUAGGGAAGGACCUUUGAUUGACGGCGCGCCUGUUAGUCCAACCGAGAUACUCGCAAUUCCUUCCGAGGAGGAAAGCAGAGAACUGCGCUUUGCGGCCCAAUCUCUGGAUGCCCAAGGCGGCAUCGACUUCACUCCAAUCAGGAGACACACCCUGCCAAGUGUGUCGGCUGUCAACGCCCGCUCCAAGACGCACACGCCGUCUGGGCGACGAAAACGAUCGGCGUCAUCGAGCAUCCGAGCCUUCUUCUCGCUCACGCAGGCCCAGGCCACUGCCAGAAAAUGGGUUUACGCUGCGUGGGUUUACGCCUGCAUUCUGGGCAUCAUCCUUGCCGGGAUCCGUCCCUACGUCGGGCGCUCAGCCCUGAAUGGAGAGGAGCCCAUCGGCUGGGCCCUCGGGUAUCUGUUUGGAGGUCUCAACUGGGUCAGGCUCCAGGUCGAGAUGGCAAACUUGGAGCGUUGGAUCUGCCUACCGCCGCAUCUUGACCCAGAAGAGCAGGACCAACCCAACGCCGGCUGGGUGGAGCACAUCCGACAUGCCAUCCUUAGCGAGGCCAACACGCGCCUGGCGCUCAGCGCGUACUGGGUCUGCAUCAUCGUGAUGGGACUGGCCGUGGUAUUCAGGCUCACGCCCAUCUAUGAGGUGGAUACGCGACGAAAGGUGUUUCACUUCAUGAUGGUUGGCAUGCUGCUCCCAGCCACGUACGUGGACCCGAACUACGUGGCUCUGGCCCUGGUCCUGGUGCUCGCCAUCUUUCUGCUGCUGGACCUGAUCCGGGCCAGCCAGCUGCCGCCGCUGUCCAAGCCGAUCGCGUCCUUCCUGACCCCUUAUGUCGACGGACGCGACCUCCGCGGCCCGGUCGUCAUCUCGCACAUCUUCCUGCUCAUCGGCUGCUCCAUCCCGUUGUGGCUGUCACUCGCGGCCAUCGGACGAGGUGGGAAAGGGGCUCUCCAAGGCUGGGAGGCGCCGACGCGAGACGUGAGCAUGGUGUCGGGCGUCGUUUGCGUCGGUCUCGGCGACGCGGCUGCCUCUCUCAUCGGCCGCCGCUGGGGGCACCGCAAGUGGGUCUGGGGCGGAGGCAAGUCGCUCGAGGGCAGCGUCGCCUUCGCCGUAGCCGUUUUCGUCGGCCUGGUCUCAGCUAGCGCCUGGCUGCAUAUUGGCGGCUGGCCCAUCUCGGGUGAGGUGCCGCGGCGAGAAUCAGCGGUCGCAGCUGGUUACGUGGGUGCCUGCGGGCUCGACGGCACCGGUGCCGCCGGGACGCUGUGGGAGUGUGCAUCGGCCUGGUGGCGCUGGCAUGUGCCGUCGGCUGUGUCAUCCUCGGGCGCCGCGGCCGCGGCCCAGCACCUCGUCUCCGGGCUGACGCGGCCAGCACGUGGUGCGGCCGUCUGCGGCGCCAUGGCGAGCCUGACAGAGGCCGUCCUGACGGGCGGUAAUGACAACGUGGUCGUUCCCGUCGUCCUGUGGACUUGCGUCAAGAGUCUCGGGGUCUGAUUCGGUCCAAGGAGGGUUGAGGCCCAUUCUAUAAUGGCUGUUAUAUCCAUCGAUAAACCCCGUCGAGACAUCUUCUUUCUCCGUAUAUCUAGGUGCCUUUGCAUGCCCACCGUAGGCAUUCCUAUAUCUUGUAAAUAGCAUUUCAUCAUGACGUUAUAUUCUGGGAAGCCGGUCUCAAGGGUUCUUAUGGUCAGGCUGCUAUGGAAAAACCAUUUCGGUUGCGUCAAUGCGAAAAUCUUUUGGUGGGCGUUAAUCAAGGCAUGACGGCCAUUAUCUGUUUACAUGUAGCAUUUUAUGUUGAAAACGCCUUGGGGCUGGGGUUCUUUGGCGUCGUGGUCUUCGCAUCCGGUUUCUUGUUGUGGUAGCGUCCUACUCGAUCCCCGUUUUCUCUUAUGCAUCAAGGGACGUUCAUGUCUUGGAAGCUGGCCAGUGCAAUGAAGCAGAACCAAGGCAAAAAAGAAAAGAAAAAGAAUUCUCCCCUGUUGACAACACUGCAUUGAAGCCAUCUCAGGCAUUUGAGGAGGGGUAAGUCUUGUGCAGUUAGUAGUGGUGAGCGAGCGGCCCGGUCCGUGCGUGGUAACGGGGUGAUACAGGAGGGUUAUCCAUUCCGUCUUCACUUUACAUAGCCAGAUACAUCACAUGAUUAGGUAGUGACGAGAUAAUAAUAGACAACAUGGC